CUCAAUUACGCAUCUCUCCAUGAACAUUGCAAUUGUAAUACCACUACUCACCCUCACUCGAUUUGUAUGGUCGCAAAACCUCAGUCUUUAUGAGCGAUCUCGAACACGCAUCGCUGGAUGCAUUCAUCCAUAGCUGGCUCAACACGCUCACCAACCCAUUAUCGCAAUAUUGCCAAGCUGAAGUUCAAGGGUCGUUUUGUGACAAGCGAAAACGCGAUUUCAAUAAAAUGCCGACACCUCCACAUUUUGCAUCUACGCCGACUCGCGUGGGCUCACCUGCUAAAAGAGCGCGUAUGGAUGACGCGACUGAUGACCCAUCUGUCCACCAAUAUACCACUCAUCUACCAGGUGACAACCCAUUCGACACCGACAAAACGCCCAAUGCUUCGGUCCGAGGUAGAACUAUUCCUCUGUAUAGUUUACCUCCUCGACGAAAUACACAAACUCCCAGCCAAUCAUCCACCAAUGCAUCUUCGCACCGAUCUCCAUCACGAGCAUCAAGCAACAGAUCCGGAAGUCCUGUCAAACAAUCCACCCUCGAGCUUCUCAAAAAACCCAUCCGCUAUACCGCCAUUGAAGACGAUCCAACUGAGCAGCUUCCUGACGAUAUCGCCUCUCUUUUUGAUGACAUCAACAGUAUCACUGUGCAUAAAGAGAACUUUCUCCCUAGUUCCCUUUAUUCAGAGUUGGAAGCGCUUCAUCGUAAGGGUACGAUCAGACGUGGUUGGUAUUUUGAGGUCGGUGAUGAUGCAGACAAAAAAUCUCAGUACAAGACUGAGUUCAUUGCGCUGUGUGAUCUUGAAGACGCUGCCAAGACUGUUAGCGAUCAGGAGGCUUGUGAAGCAACGUGGAAUCUUGAGGUUCACGCUCCGCUGCUCAAGCUGGCUUUCAAUGCCUUCCCCUCGAUUCAUCGACAUCUUCUCACUUCAGCACGCAUCAGCAAACCGUUUCUACCCGAAAUGCGAAUUGAUACGCUGUAUGAUUACUCGCGUCCCAAGAUGAUAGAUCUGGGCGUUCGCAUAUGUCCACCGCCACACCUCUCAGAAAUCAUCCACAAACAAAUCCUUGGCUUACCAGAUAGAGAACGCUGUCUCAAUCAGACUGUCUAUCGGCCAGUCAGAAACGAUCCCAUUGCUAUGGUCAUUGAAACCAAGAUCGCAAGAGGAGACUUGGAAGAGGCGAGACUACAGUUGGGGAUCUGGGUCGCGUCAUGGCAUCAGCGCAUGAAGAUGCUUAUUGGAACAUCCUCAGAUAAGCCCUUGGUGACGCUGCCUUUGAUUAUUGUCAUGGAGCACAAGUGGCGCUUGCUGUUUGCCUGCGAUAAGAAGGAUCAAAUAGUAAGUGAACUCCUUCCAUCAACACUUGUUGCCGUCGAUAUACUGAUAGAAUUGUGCUAAUAUCAACUAACUAUAGGUGAUUCUUCAAGACUUGGAAAUUGGCAGCACAGAUAAUCUCAUCGGACUGUACACUAUUGUAGCAACUUUGCGAGUAAUAGGCGCAUGGAUGCAGGACACAUAUAUAUCGUGGCUUGAAGAAACGUUUAGGCUCCUGAGUUCUUCAGAUACGGCCUAGAGAAAGAGAGACUGAACUUUAGGACAAAAAUAAAUAGCACCUUUUGAAUUAAUUCACCCAGAUUUCCGAU